AUGGUUCUGAAUGUUUCAACGAGAGCUUCCUCUCUGACCAGGAGGGGUUUGCACAGCAACAAUGAUGAAGGUGAAACUCCAUCCUCCAACAGUGAAUGUCCUUGCUGCAAUGGUUUCUACAGCAAACGAUUCUAUUCCAAUGUUGUGGGAGGAGGAACCCUCAAUUUGGAUCAUUAUGUCUUUCCACCAUUGAAAGAAUCUGACUCCAAUGGCAAUUCAGAUCAUCUAGAAGAGAAUGAUCCAAACGAUGAUCAGACUUCAGAAAUUCACUUUACUUUUGAUUUUUCCAACCUUCCAGAAGAUGACGAUGUGAUUCCAAGUUGUUGCGGUUCAUCUGAAAUGUCGAAAAGCUUCACUGCAUCGACCAAUGACUCGGUGUUGCCUCCGGAUUGCGAGAAGCCUUCUCUCUCUUCAGACGCUUCCAAUCACUCGAUUGACUGCAAAACACUUUCAUCCAUCCUCCCUUCUUCUGAUAAUAAUUCCACCACUCCAAACGCCCUUCCUUUCACCAAACCCAAUCCUUCCUUCAUUCCUAGCCUUCCAAGAGUCUCUCGAUCUAUUUUCAAAUUGUUACUUGUUGCCUCCAUGCUCAUUGCUUUUAACUUGCUUUUUCAGAACAUCCUUCUCUCCCUCUCCAUAACAAGUUUUUCUCUUUUAACCAUUGGUUUCUCCGAGUACUCGACGAGGCGAUUUUGCAACUUGGAGAAAGCUAAUGCUUUGCUGAUGGAAUCGAUAGCACAUCGAGAUGCUCAAAUCACUUUCAUCUGUCAUGAAUUUAGGACGGCCUGUAUGGCAAGCUUGGGAAGUAUUGAAUUAAUCAAGGACUCGUUUGAGAAGCGAACACAUAAAUGUUGA